GGUAAGCUAGGCUGAACCGUUGUAGGUAGUAAUCGGAACUAGUGCUAUAACAUCUGCAAUCAUCUGAGUUAAUACAAAUUUUAUCCUAAUUUAUUUUAUCCAGAUUAUUUCAAAAUAUAGUUGAUAACUCAAACUCUAUGACAUUUAUCAGCAGAAGUCAACUAGAGGCGAGAAUAGUGCGUAUUUCUCCGCAUCCCGGAAUCGCUGCUGCCGUUUGACCUAGCUAACGUGAGAUAGCAUUGGUAGCACAGACCGGGGCCCAGGUCAACGACUUUCCCACAUAACAUUUUAGUUUUUUUAGACACAUUUCAGCGUGAUGGCUUGUGGGGCUACUCUGAAGAGGACAUUGGACUUUGAUCCGCUAUUGAGCCAGGCGUCCCCUAAGAGAAGGAGGUGCGCCCCGAUCAUGUCUCCGGUCUCUUCACCACAGAAAUAUCUGCGAAUGGAGCCCUCGCCGUUCGGGGAAGUUUCGUCCAGGCUGACCGCAGAGCAAAUUUUACACAACAUCAAACAGGAGUACAAGAGGCUGCAGAAACGACGACACCUGGACAGUGCUUUCCAGCAGGCAGAUGGCUGCUGUCCUCUGGACCUGCAGAACGUUCACAGUGGAUCUGCCUUACCAGGUACGUCUUCCGGUGCCUCAUCUCCUACCAGGAAAGAGCAGCCUUUAUUUUCCCUCAGGCAGGUUGGAAUGAUUUGUGAGAGACUACUGAAAGAGCGAGAGGACAAAAUCCGUGAGGAGUAUGACGAGAUACUGACGACAAAGCUUGCAGAGCAAUAUGAUGCGUUUGUCAAGUUCACGCAUGAUCAGCUGAUGCGACGAUUCGGAGAGCAGCCUGCCAGCUAUGUUUCCUGAGUAUCAGCUUCUGAUAUCGAGGAAAACAAUUUGCUGCAAGCUACUCCAGGGACUCGGUGGGUCUAGUUGGACUUUUCUCCUAGCUGUGCCAUAUUGCCUCUCUGUGGACUCACUUCCUCAGGCAUCAGUUAGUGGCAUCCACGUUUGCUGUCUGCCAGAGUUAGGAGGGCUUCCUGCUGCCACCCUUCUCAAGGAUUCUCUGUGACUCUACCAGUGGCCUCUUAACUGCCAUGUCAAUAUUUAUUUGGCUUUGUUCUGAUGCCUUCGUAAAAGGCUGAUUGCCACCACACACAUGGCCUUUUAGAAUUUUUUUUGUUUUUUUGUCAAAUUUAGUUACUUCACAGAGGAUGUUAGCUGUGCAGCUUCUGUAUAUGUACAUUUUGAAAAAGGGAUUGAACGUUGACGAGGGGUCAAACCAAGGUUGCCUUGAGACUAGACUCCAGGAAUGGUCAUCUUGGCUUUUUUCAUCAUUGUUUUAAACUGUACUUGUAAUUACUGCUAUUACAUUUGUAUACACUGUAUUUUAAUUUUUGUUGCUUGACUUUUGUUCAUUGUAUUAAAAUUUCAUGAUUUUAUUUGCUGUAGGUAUAAAGGGGCUUUGAUUCUAGAAAAGCAAACUAAUAAAGUGUUUACACAAA